UUUUGUGCUUUGAGGCUGUUUCGAAAGUACCGCAAUUUUCAUAAGCACUGUGUGUGAGUAAACAAGUGCACGGUUAUGUGAAGUAGCAUAGUUAUAGGCGCGGUGUGGAAAAAAAUGUAAUAAAAUAAAAGUGUGUAACAUAAAGUUGCUGGCAUUCGAAUAUACGGCAACCGUUAAAUAUUAAUCGCAUGUGUUACAUCAACGGCUGCAAGCGAGUACCAACCAUGUAAAACUAAAUAUAGACUAACGAACUUUUAGUUCAUUUCCAAAUUCAACGCCACGCUGUAAAUAUGUAGUAUGUAGUGUAAAGUAAUAUUUAUGAAGAGAUGAGUAACCACUAUCGUACAAAAAUUAAAAAUAAAUUCGUACCUGAGAAGCAUUGCAAUAAAUGAAUGCUAAGUGAAAAGUACAAGUGAUCAGAGGGACGAAGCGACGUUGUUGUUAUGCAAGAAAUAGUGUUUAGUUUUUUAAUGAAACUUUGUUAUCAUAAAAAUGGCCAUCAAUAUACUAGAUUAUGACCAUUACGCAAUCAGUGCGAUUGUCACGGUCAGCAUGCAGAUUUUAUUUUUCCUGAUUAACUCCAUUUUGCAAAUGGACAAGCUGACAGAUUUCGCCGGUGGUGUUAAUUUUAUUAUAAUAUCGCUGCUUACCUUCUUUCUGGGGCAAAUUGACAGACCAUCAAAGGCGUACGACAGUCGACAACUUAUGGUUACCCUAUUCGUUUGUCUCUGGGGUGCACGUCUUUCUGGAUAUCUGCUGUAUCGCAUAAUUAAAUUGGGUCGCGAUAAACAGUUCGAAGAUACAAGACGCAACAUAAUCAGAUACGCGGUUUUCUGGACGUUUCAAGCCGUUUGGGUUUAUGUGGUCUCCUUACCAGUGAUAAUCAUUAACUCGCCUCGGCAUUCACAGCCAAAUGCUCCCAAGACUAUGACCACAUUGGAUUCCACUGGCACAGGAAUGUUCAUUGUGGGUUUGCUGGCCGAAACUUAUGCGGAUUUGCAGAAGUUCUCUUUUCGACAGGAUCCAGCAAAUCAAGGAAAAUUUUGUAAUGAUGGUCUGUGGAGUCUAUCGCGUCAUCCCAAUUACUUCGGCGAGGUUGUGAUCUGGUGGGGUAUUUUUGCCAUUUCAUUAAAUGUUAUCUCCGGUCACGAAUGGGUCGCUAUCGCUUCACCCAUCUUCACCACUUUCAUUAUACUCUUCCUCUCCGGUAUACCGUUGCGUGAGCGUUCGGCCGAUGAGAAAUAUAAAGACCAACUGGAAUAUCGUAAAUAUAAAGCGUCCACAUCACCCUUAAUACCCAUACCGCCAUCGGUGUAUGUGGAAGUGCCGAGUGCAUUGAAAUUCAUCCUGUGCUGUGAGUUUCCCAUUUACGACACCAUGCGCAUCCAGAAGGACAUCAGCCCGUAUUCCUUGUCCAUAGCACGUUCACACUCACACAUAUAGCAAUCAGUUGCCCACUCGGGUAGUGGGCAACACGGCGCUGUGGGACAUUCAUUACAGCGACACGGCACCGACGUAGGCUCCGUACACCGCGGCCAAUGCUACGGUGCUAACGGUGGCGAUGCGGAGAGUCAUCAUAAUUGUGGUGGCAGCUGUCGUAAUGCACACAUCAAAUCGAAUCCAUAUCAGAGUGAGUCGGGCUAUGGCGGCUACACCGGUUACAACAUUAACGGUAGCACGUCACAGCAACGGCAUGCCAAUCUCAAUGCCGUACACAACACCACCGAUGAUGAUGAUGACACCGAUGAUGGUAUUAUCUAUAUGCCGGGGCCGUCAUCGUCCAAAAAGCAGCCACACUACUUUCAUGCACCCAUGGUGAAUGCGACAACGGCGGAGAAGAAACAGACUGUCGAACAAUCGGAUGGUGAGGAGCAGGUGGAGCAAGAGCUCGAGGAGGACUAUGAUGAGGAUAUACCGCCAAUUGAUUUGAGUAAAGCGCCGAGCAUAGAAAGUUUCACGACGAAAGUGCAAACCGAGAAGGGUGUCAAUGCGGACGGUGCGUCAUUUACGGUAACUACAAUACUGUGAUCGAACAACUGUGAGUUGCAGUCAUAUUAAAAUUACAUAUACAUAUAUACCUAUGUAUAUGCAUCAGGGUGUACCUGCACUGCGUGGGAGGCCGAAACAGAUAUCGUAUGUGUAUUUCUUUAGUUCGAAAUGCAAUUACUGAGUGAGUAUAGAAUUUAAUUUGUUGCACACAUACCAACAACGAAUGUACUUGCCAGUAUUUAGAAGAGCAUAAAAACAGAGAGAGAGGAAGAGGUAGUGAGGAGGUGAUCCGUGCCAUUUAGUGGCGUUUAAAAACCGAUAAAGUAUUAAAUUUAAUUGUGCUAUUCGAAAUGAUUUGCGUUGUUGUGUGCAAUAAUGUGCCAAAGGCUAACAUUUUAUUUAAGUAGCUAGCAAAUUUGUAUGAAUGUUCGCUUAUAAGCUCUUUAAGUACGUAAAGGAUUGCCUAGUACCAAAGAAAAAUAAUAAAGAAAGUCAAUAGCAGACCGCUUAUUCUCUGAUCUCUAUGCUGUAGUAUGUGUGUAAAGUGCAAUUUUUAACAAAAAAAAAAAAACACAAAAGGAAAAUUAACUGUCUUAUAACUCAAUAAAUCUGUACAUUUGUAUGUGUACUGUAACAAAACUACAGUCCAAAGCAACAAAAACAAUUACAAUAUACUCUAAAAAUGUGCCUGUCAUUUGUUGCACUUGUUCAAAGUCUUUAAAAUUGUUAUGAAAUUACGCAACCAAAAUACCUAAAGGAAAAAAAUAAACGAAAAUGUGAAAAUACUACGAUGUAUUAAGAGAUAUAGUUAUGUACAUGAGGGUGGUGUUUAACACUCAGUAGAUAACUUAUAAUUUCCCAAAACUCAACUAAACUACUAAACUCAACUAAACUACUAUAAGUACUACUAUAAGUACCUAUGCCUAAAAAAUCACAUGAAUUUUUUAGUUACGUUUAGCGAAACAUUCAAUUUAUUUGUCUCUAUUUAAAAAUAUAACACUUGACCCCUGUGUCUUUAAACGCCACAAGCAGUAGGGAAACUUAUUUGUUACAUUUAUGUACGUCGUGUUACCGUUUCAGGCGGUGUCAUUGAAGAAAUUUUUGUUUACAGCUUUUCAGGACCACCCUAAGGUACAUACGUAUAUAUAAUAUAAUCAAAAAUAUAACUCUAGAACAACUCUAGGACAACUUGUUUUUAAAACUGCUUGUAAAUAGUUCUUUACAAACAUAUUUGUUGUUGUUUAUGUACAGUAAACUUAUUUUGAAUCUCUAAUCGACACCUCGAGUACAUUUGUCGAAUAUUCUAUCCGGAAGUAAUGAGAGUAACUAGAGAGAUAUGAAGAGAGAGAGAGUUGUCGAACACGCUAUCAGAAAGUAAUGAGAGUAAAUAAGUUUUAGUUCAUUAUUAAUAUUUAUUUUGAUGCCUUGAAAAUACUACAUUAAUAUUUAGAUUAUAAAUUUUAUUUUUCCAUCUGUUCAUAAGAUAUUUUAAAUAUAAAUACACUCCAAGGAAGCCUUGCAAUGGUUUAAACUUAAAUUAAAUCUCAUUGCUCCGGGAAAACAUGAAAUAAAAAAAUUAAUUGUAUUCAAACUUAAUUUAAUCUCAGUACGUAUUCAUGACUCUUUAGCUCCACUACUGUC